AGACGCAUGUAAAGUAGCGGUACAAGUUUGGAAAUCGCCCUCACGUUGACUCUUCAUUGCACUGAAGAACAAGCAAACAUGUCAUUUCUCAGAAGCCUGACUGCAACUCGCGCGGUCGCUUCGCGUGGAGCUCCGUCGCACCUCCUCCCGCUGGAGCCGCGGCAGACUCCGGCUCCGUGUCCGCGCGGGAUCCCCAGCAGAAGGUGCUCGGGGACGCGCUACAACGUUCCGCCCAGCGCCGAGUUCGUGGCGCGCGUGUCGGGGAUCCCCACCAUGGCCAAGUUACCGUACCGGGACGCCGCGGACGGGCUGGACGCCGCGUUCGUCGGCGUCCCCAUUGACACCGGGACCUCGAACCGACCCGGAGCCAGGUUUGGUCCCCGUCAGAUCAGGGUGGAGUCUGCCAUGCUGAGGGCCUACAACAGCGGCACCAGGGCGGCGCCUUAUGAGUCUCUCAUGGUGGCCGAUAUCGGGGACGUCAACGUGAACGUUUACGACCUGAAAGACACCUGCAAACGCAUCAGAGAGGCCUACAGGAAGAUCCUGGCAACCGGCUGCAUCCCUCUGACAAUGGGUGGUGAUCACACAAUUGCAUAUCCAAUCCUUCAAGCUGUUGCUGAGAGGCACGGCCCAGUGGGUUUGGUCCACGUUGACGCUCAUGCUGAUACCAGUGAUGUGGUCUUGGGGGAGAAGAUUGGACAUGGGACGCCGUUCAGACGAUGUGUGGAGGAAGGACUGUUGGACUGUAAGAGAGUGGUCCAGAUUGGCCUGCGUGGUUCAGGUUACUCUGCAGAUUCAUAUGAAUGGAGCCGGGCCCAGGGUUUUCGUGUGGUCCAGGUGGAAGAGUGCUGGUUCAAAUCCCUUGCACCUUUGAUGUCUGAGGUCAGGGCUCAGAUGGGACCUGGGCCAGUUUACCUCAGUUUUGACAUUGACGCCCUUGAUCCGGGCUUCGCUCCUGGAACAGGCACACCAGAGAUAGCGGGGUUGACUCCUAUACAGGGAGUUGAGAUCAUCCGUGGCUGUCGUGGUCUGAAUUUGGUUGGAUGUGAUUUGGUGGAGGUGUCUCCACCUUACGACACUACAGGGAACACGGCACUGACCGGUGCAAACCUCCUUUUUGAAAUGCUCUGCGUCCUCCCAAAAAUGAAAUAUUACUGAAUGGUCAACAAAACAAUAAAAACUUUCAAUUCUAA